AUCAAAAUUUUCAAUUAAAUCUCAAAUUUAUGAUUCCAUUAAGCAUGACAAGUAUUAAAGAGUGUUCAGAAAUCAAAAGUAAUAGAAAAUUAAUAAAUAUCAUCGCAGACAAUCUUACUUGCCCAAUUACUAAGCAAAUAACUGGAGAUUUUUUAAUUUUAACAUGUGGACAUUCUAUUAGUUGUUACGCUAUUAAUAAAUGGAGAGAAACAAUAACAAUUGAAAAUAGACCAUUUGAGUGCCCUUUUUGCAGAAUUGAUAUUGAUUUAAAUUCAACCUAUAACCUUCCAAAAAAUAAAAUAUUAGAAGGUUUAUAUGAGAAAUUAGAACAACAAGGUUAUUUUAAUAAGUUAUCUGAAGAACGGCAAAUAUUGCCAAAUAAAACUUAUAUGGUAGAAGACAAUUUAUUUUUAAAAUUUAACAAGUAUAAAAUAUUUCAAGGUUCUAUACUUUCAAAGUUUUCCGCACCAAUUUUUCAAAAGGUUCAACCAAAAGUUAUGCUACCGGCUUUUAACAAGGCAGCUAAAGCAGAACUACAAAAAGACCAUGAAGCAGUUAUAAUGUGGUUAAAAACAAUUCAACUUAAUAUAAACUCUAACCACAUCUUAUCCGUCACUAUUAACUCAAGUUUUACAAAUACAUCCAAAAAGCUAUUCAAUUCGAUGUAG